AUGGCCGUGUAUUACUUCAAAAUCCAGGGUAGCCACAACAUAGACGGUGAGCUCGAAAGAAAGAAGUCUUUGCUUGAAGAUAUCUUCAAGGCUUUGUCAAAGGUUGUGGAGUUUUUGAGUACAGACUUUGAGGAAAUCAACAUGGAUGGCCUUUACGGCUACCGUAUUUGUCAAGGAAGCCUUAUUGGAGCUCUUCAAGACUGCUCACGUGGAAGCUAUAACUGCCCAGACGAGCUCAUAAUUAAACUUCGUUUAGUCAUUGAACGACUCCAUGAGUUAGGCGACAAAGCUUUGCCUUAUGUUAAGCAACAGGAUGAAGAAUAUUACAACAACUACAUAUCAAUACUAACAGUUCCGUUUACUGUUGAGUACACACCGGAGACACUGGGUCAAAAUAUACAGCCGAUGUCUCUAGCUAAGGUUUCAUACGAUGGCCAUUUGGGAGAUAAAUGUUUUGGUGGCAUAAUGGGAACUCUCAUAGAUGGCGGCAGAAAGUCCCCGCCUUGCACUAUCGUCGAUGGCUGCUGGGAACUGAUGUCAGUUAAGGGAACUCUCGGGUACUUCACCACCCACCAGCUGCUUUACACGCUGUACGGAGAACAUAGUGGCUGCUCGCAGAAACUAGAAGAUCUUGUACGCAACCACUUGGGCAUGUCUCUGAGAGAAUGGCAACGAUAUUUGUGUGAACAAAUUUAUCUAGACUCCACACUGAGGGAGUACAACAGGCAAGUCGAUGUGCAGGCUGAAGAUCUUUUCCUCGAGCAAAUCGCACUUUGUGGGAUCCUGGGUUUCCAGAACUUUUUCAACGAGACCUGGAUCCAGAUGGUGCUGACCUGGCAGAAUCCGAGGGGAUGCUUCACCGUUCCGGUCUCAGCAAUGGAAGUUUUCGUGGAGUUGAGCAAGAAUUAUGAAGAGCUUCAUGCGCUAGCAGAGCGACUGUUCGGCGAUGACAAUUCAGUUAACAAGGCUCGAGGUGCAAAAACGGGUCGAAGUCUGAUGACGGAAGCAGUCAUGAGCGACGAUUGUCUAUCUCACAAGACAGGACUGGGAGCCGCUGUACUUGGUACCCAUGCCAGGUACCUAGUUUCAGAACUGUUUGGAAAGAAUUAA